CAAUGGCCGGGGAAUUCACCUUAGGGCAUUGAGCCCCCCAAUCUCUCUCUCUCUCUCUCCCCCGAUUUUGGAUUUUGCUUCAGCUUUCUGAGCGAGGCAAGCAAACCCUAGAUACUCAACUUCUCUCUCCCCGGAAGAAAAUUGAGAACCCGAAGGGAGAGAAACGCCUCAUCGAGCUCCAAAUCGAGAGGGUCCGUUAAUGGCGGUUUUGGCCUAACUAGUUUUUGCAAUUGCUUGUAUAACUUGCGGACAGAGGUCACACGGACUGAAGGGCACAGUUUCUGUUCGUUUUGGCUGUAUAAUCGGUCGUGUAAUUAUAUCUUGUUAUAAGCAAAGAAAGCCGGCACAGUGGCUUCAUUUUUUGGUUCGAUAAGCGCAGCGGAGCAUUGAAUACGAAGCUGAUCGAAGGCACAGCUUUAACACUCCUGCACAGCUACUGAUCCAUAACUUUUAUCAUCAAACGCCAGCUUGCAUUGCACUUGCAAGCCGAGAAAGCUCAGAUCAAAGCAAAGUCAGAUGCUAUUCAAACUAUGCCGCCGGCAACUUAAUAAUGGGUUCUGGCGAUCGUGUAAAAUCAGUGCUGAGAAUGGUCUGAGCGAAUUCAGAGGCCUUGCUUUUGAAAGCACUGCAAAAAGCUUAGGCGGAGCCUUCCUCUGACAUUAUCGGCCUGCGAGUGAACGUGAUAUAUCAAAGCCUAAAAGAGAGGACUUUAUAAAUAUCUAGUUAUCCUCUGUGUAUACAUCCAUACAAAAGCCAAAGUGCUCCGCGUGAUUAUCAUCAAUGCAAAGGACACACAUAGGCCCCAACACCCACUUGCAUACAACCAAGUUUUUCUCUCUCUACAAACUCUAGCCCUGGUUCUGCUUCCCCUUAGGCCUGGCUUUCUCUCUGUAAAAGUGGGGGAUAAGAAACAAGGGUGAAUGCUUGCCUUUUCAGUUUUGUAGAGAGAGUAAUGAAAGUGAUAUGGAUGUGGAGGAGAUUCGCACGCAGGGAUGUAAAUUUCAAAGGAUCGGCAACGGUAGGGCUGAUCGGGACAAGAUAGGGAAAAAUGGGGACGAGCAAUACCCAGACGAUGAGGAAGACGGGGAAGUCAAGACAGGUGGAAGAAUUGGUGGUGGUGGAAGUGACAUCGGCCGCGCUCUUGGGCGGUUUUGCGGGUGGCCAGCUUCCCGGAUCGUUAGGGUUUCUCGAUCAUCUGGUGGGAAAGAUCGGCACAGCAAGGUCUGGACCUCAAAGGGGCUUCGAGACCGUCGAGUUCGCCUCUCGGUCUCCACUGCUAUUCAGUUUUACGAUCUUCAAGAUCGUCUGGGUUACGAUCAGCCGAGCAAAGCCGUGGAAUGGCUACUCAAGGCUGCUUCCAAGUCCAUCGAUGAGCUCCCUUCUCUCAACGCUUACUUUCCGGACACAUCCAAGCAAUUGAGCGACGAAAAGUGGUCAAGCACAGGUACCGAUCAAGGAUUCGAUUCUGCUGAAGUGGAAUUAGAUGGCGAUCUGAGCUAUCAGCAGCAACAGCAGCAGCAUGUUUCCUUACCCAAAUCUGCUUGUAGCAGCACCUCGGAGACGAGCAAGGGGUCUGGGUUUUCCCUAACGCGGUCUAAGCGUCGCAUAAAAGCCCGAGAACGAGCCAAAGAAAGAACGGUGGAGAAAGAAAAGGAGAAAGAAACCAAUCAUCCAACUGUCAUCAACCCUAUAUCUCAAAGCUCUUUCACUGAACUUCUCACCAGUGGCAUACAUAGUGUCAAUGGCAACAACCCUGCUGCUAGUCAUAAUGGAUCAGCUCAUCAAAACCAUGGUGGCGGCGAGGCUAAUUUAUUCCAGAAGCACCAUCGUCAGUGGUCUUCGGCUCCGAUGGACUGCUUUGUCUCGGGACUUCCCCAUCACUCAUCUGGGUUUUCCGGGCAAAUUCAACUGGGUAAUCCUCUUCCACAGUCUAUGAUCGUCGAUCACCAUCACGAGCUGCAGCAUUUCUCUCUUGUCCCAGACCAUUUCAUUCCGGUCGCUUCCACCGCCGGCGGGACUGACUAUGACCUUAACUUCACAAUUUCUUCCGGCCUUGCUGGCUUGAAUAGGGGGACCCUUCAGUCCAAUUCACCGUCUUUGUUGCCUCACCUUCAGAGGUUGCCUCCAAUAGACGGAUCAAAUGUGCCCUUCUUCAUCGGCACUGCGGCUCCUAAUGCUGUCCCUGUGGAGAAUCACCAUCACUUUUCAGCUGGGUUUGAUGGCCGCUUGCAACUCUGCUACGGCGAUAGCGGCCGGCAUUCAGACCAGAAGGGGAAAGGAAAAAACUGAAUCUGCCGGAGAGCUAUUUCCUCUCGCCUCAACUUAUUCUCUGGGUGUUGAAGAUGGAGGGACAUGUAGCCUUUUGGGUGCUUCCUUCGUAGGGUACCAUAUCAUUAUUAAGCUUGAUAAAUUUUUGCUUUCUUCUGCUGCUUUUUUAUCGGUUGUGAAAACUGUUGGGCUUUGUCUCUGCGGAUGCUAGUGUGUUAAUGGGCUACGCCACCAAAGACGUUGGUUACAGCGAAGGGUUGGGGCAAAUGGCCUUGGCGGACCCCCUCCCCAUAUGUUAAGUAACAUGUCACAUUAAUGAAGCUCAGUGUGUCUGCCUGUAACCAUCCCUGAUCCCCACCCCAACCACGGGGCAAUAUUUUCCUCUCUCUUUCUUUGUUUUUUCUUCCCUUUUUUGAUAGCUUGUUACAUGUUUGUUUUCGUGGGGUGCGAAUGUCAUACAGUUUACUGUCUCAUUAAUAAUUGAUCAAGCCAAUUUGAAGUGUGUCA